GAGUUUUGGGAAACCGCCAACAGUGCUACACAGCUAAAUCAGGCUGGGGGAUAAAAAGAAGAAAAAUGUUGAAAGAGUUGGUAAGGGAACGACUUAUUGCGGCCGCCGACGAAAUCUUCGGCCUGUUUGAAAGAACCAUUGCGUCGUACGAGGAGCAACUUUGUCGCGCUAAAGAGGAGACCGAGCGACACCGACGGCAAUUGGAAGUUGCUUGCAACUCUCAGAUUGCCACAAACCCCCACCAAGGGCACCCCAACGUUAAAGAGGAAGAGGAGGAGCUGGUUGUCAGGGAGUUGCCCCUGAACGUCGUCGUCGUGAAGAGUGAAGGCGAUGAAGACAAACCCAACGAGUCAUCACGGCUUCAUCAUCACAAUCCAAGUGAGGGACCGCCACCGCCAAACCCCUCUCUCCCGACGACGCGCAGCCAAGACACGGAAGAACCUUUGCGGAGCGAUGCAAAUCGCAAUGGUGACGACAGACACUUUGAAAUCCCUGAGAAGGAGACAGCUGACAGGGCUAAAAAAUGUUUUCGCUGCUCAUUUUGUGACGAACGAUUUGCACGCAAGUCCAACAUGAGGACACACAUGAGAAAGCACACGGGAGAAAAACCCUUUGGUUGCCCAGUUUGCGGUGACGCAUUUACCCGCAAGGUCUCGUUGAUUGCGCACACAGCAACACACACAGGGGAGAAACCUUUCCAUUGCUUAGCUUGCGGCAAAAGGUUUUCCUAUAAGCAGACUUUGAAUGCACACAUGCAGAGGCACACAGGAGAAAAAUCGUUCAGUUGCCCAAUUUGUGGCGAAAGCUUCACCCGGAAGGAAAACAUGCUGACACACAAGAGAAGACAUACGGGGGAAAAACCCUUUUGUUGCUCAGUUUGCGACGAAAGAUUCACUCAAAAGGCAACGCUGGUGGCACACGUAAGAACGCACACGGGAGAAAAACCCUUCGCCUGUUCCAUGUGCGGCAAAACAUUCACACAAAAGUCGACACUGUUGGCACACAUGAGUACGCACACGGGAGAAAGACCCUUUACUUGCUCGGUUUGUGGGAAAAGCUUUUCUCAUAAGCACAAUUUGACGGCACACAUGAGUACGCACCGGCGUGGUGACCAAGUGGUUAGCACGUCUGCGUCCCACUUAUGAGACUCUGGGUAUGAAUCCCCAUUAUAACCUGCAAGAACAAACGUUCCCGUUAGAAGAUGAAAGACAUAUGAGACAGUUCACCAAAUUAUGAGAAUGUAUCCUUUUGUGUUUUGUGUCCUUCCCGUGAACUUUUCUUUGGCUGACUUGGGAUGCAAGCUGGUCGAGGAGUUUCUUCCACGCACCGCUGACCGUUGCCUAGAAGAAUAAAUUGUUCAAUUGUCAACAUUUUGUGUUCCUUCCUCGUUGCUGAC